AUGGUAGCAAUGCUUUCAAAGCUUCUGGUGUCCCUUCUCCUCAUCAAGCUUGCAUCAUCAUCAUCAGUGGACGGCCAUGAUUUCACCUACAACGGAUUCCGCGGCGUGAACUUGAGUCUCAACGGCGUGGCGGCGAUCACACCAGACGGCCUCCUGAGGCUGACCAACACCAGCCUGCACCAGAUAGGCCGUGCGUUCUACUCCGUUCCUGUCCGCUUCAAGAAUUCAUCCGACGGUGAUCCUUUCUCCUUCUCAACCACUUUUGUCUUCGCGAUCGUCCCGGCCGGUGAUCCUGAUCUGAGUGGCCAUGGGAUCGCAUUCGUCAUCUCACCGUUGAAUAAUCUCCCCGGCGCACACCCUAGCCAGUAUUUGGGUCUCUUCAAUUUAACAAACAAUGGAAAUUCAUCAAACCACAUCGUAGCCGUCGAAUUCGACACCAUCAUCAACCCCGAAUUCAAUGAUAUCAAUAACAACCAUGUUGGAAUCGAUAUCAAUGGCUUGAGCUCUAUCAAAUCCUCUCCUGCAUCCUACUUUAAUAACAAGAACGGUGAGUUUAAUAACAUAAGCCUAAAAAGCGGCAAACCAAUCCAAGCUUGGAUAGAAUAUAGCAGUAUAGAGAAGCAACUCAAUAUAACAAUAUCUCCUAUCGACGUCCUUAAACCAAUUCGGCCACUCGUUUCAUCGAUUGUUAAUCUUUCAUCAGACAUAUUCAAUGAAAUGUAUGUGGGAUUCUCCUCAUCGACAGGCUCUAUGCUCACAUCCCAUUACAUUUUAGGAUGGAGCUUCAAAAUCAACGGGCAAGCUACACCACUCAAUCUCUCAACCCUUCCGAUUCUUCCUCAACUACCCCACCAGAGUGAAAAGAAACGGAUGAGUGAAAAGAAAUGGAUGGUUCUGGCAAUUGGGUUACCGUUAUUUAUCAUUUUCAUCCUAAUAGCAAUCUCCAUCGGCGUUUAUAAGGUGAGAAAAAAGAUAAAAUUCGCUGAAAUACUCGAAGACUGGGAGCUUGAAUACGGCCCCCAAAGGUUCUUCUACAAGGAUCUCUUCAUCGCCACCAAUGGCUUUUCAGAGAAAGAACUUCUCGGGGUCGGCGGUUUCGGUAGGGUGUAUCGAGGCGUACUACCAACGUCAGGGAUCGAAGUCGCAGUCAAGAAAAUCUCCCACGAAUCGCGGCAAGGAAUGAAGGAGUUCAUCGCGGAGAUCGCAAGCAUCGGACGGAUCCGACACAAGAACUUAGUCCGGCUACUCGGAUACUGCCGCCGGAAGGGAGAGCUCCUACUCGUUUACGAUUUCAUGCCGAACGGUAGCCUCGAUAAGAUGAUCUUCGACCAUUCAAAGUCAGUCCUACAAUGGAAUAAUCGGUUUCAGAUAAUCAAAGGAGUAGCUUCGGGUCUUGUCUAUCUGCAUGAAGAUUGGGUGCAAGUAGUCCUUCAUAGAGAUAUUAAAGCUAGUAAUGUCUUAUUAGAUCAUGAUUUAAAUGGGAUGUUGGGAGAUUUCGGGCUGGCGAGAUUGUAUGAUCGUGGGACCGAUCCUCAGACGACUCACAUCGUUGGGACCUUCGGUUACAUUGCACCGGAGCUGGCUAGGACUGGUAAGGCGACGAUGAGUACUGAUGUGUUUGCAUUUGGGAUCUUCAUGCUCGAAGUAGCUUGUGGGCGGAGGCCAAUAUCGUCAAGGGCUAUGUUGGUGGAGGAGCCGAUCUUGAUCGAUCUGGUGCUGGAGUGUUUAAAGAGAGAGACGAUCUUGGAGGCGGCGGACCCGAAGUUGGGAGGUGAUUAUGUGGUGGAGGAGAUGGAGAUGGUGUUGAAGCUUGGAUUGCUUUGUUCGCACCCUUUGGCUACAUCCAGGCCUACCAUACGGCAAGUGGUGGAGAUUUUGGAUGGUGAGGAUUCGAUCCCGGAACUGUGCCCGGAUAGUUUUGAUAGUAGUGUGUUUGGAGUGGGCCAUGAUGAAGGUUUUGAAGAUCUUGUGAUAUUGUUUCCUUCGUUGGAUGCUCAGUCUUUUGUCUCUGGUGGCCGUUGAUUGUAUAGAAUUAAUGUAGAUUUUUAUCUUGUUUGUGUGGUUCGUAUAACAUUGGGUUGAGUUUUGAAAUGCGCGCAUGUGU